UGCGUAGAAACGGCACGACAAUCAAGUGCGCGCGAAACGUCAAAGCCGGUGGUCAUUAUUGUCAGUAGCUCAGCACAUUUUUAGUUUUGAAUGUCUACAAAGUGCUUAACAAAAAAGAAGAACAUUUAAUAAAUAAAAAAGGUAGUUUUUGAUAAACGGAAGAAAAAAAUUUAAUAUUUGUGUGUUGACGUGAACUAAAAAAAAUAAUAAUUAAACGAAGUUUCAUAAAAAAACAUUAAUAUGUACUUCUAGUGUGAAUAUAAAGUUUAAAGUGAAAAUAUUUUUAGUUGAGCAACGAGCUUAUAAGCAGAUGAUGUACAGUAAUCACAUAUAACAUACGCAGCACUGUAAAAACUAUGUGAAAUUUUAGACAACAAAUUAGAGAAUUCAACGCUAAGCAUUACCACCCACGCAACCUAACGCCGACAACAACAAUAGCAAUAAGACAGACAACAAAAAAAAAAACCGUAAUACCACAUCAUCCAACAACCACAAUUCCCACGAAAGCACGGUCAGCCAAAGUAGACGCAACGCAGCGAUUAUCCUUGUCAACAUACUUGCCAACACAGACGAAUUCCAAAAUAGUAACAAGCGGGAGGCGCAAUGCAAUCGACUGAUUCUGGAGAUGGAGCAAAAAACUUCAAUCCGCACAUCACCAGUCAUUUGGCAUCAUCAUCCACAGCGGGACCAGCAGCAACAGCAACAACAUUGAACGACACGACCGCAACCGCACCGCACAACAAGAGCAGCAGCACGGCCGCCCAGCACGAUACACCCAGCAAGAAUCCCUUCAAGCAAGCACCGACUACACAGUGGAGCAGCGAACAGCAAAGAUUAGCGCAGCAACAGCAACAACAACAACCGAACGGCAGCAACAAACUAUACAACAACAGCGUACAGCAUGCCAACGAAGCAGGCGCUGGCAUUUUUGGCGUCGGUGGCGCAACAGCAACAGCGGCGGCGGCAGCGGGCGCACAAGCAACACCGACACCAAAUUCCAACACAGAUCCGGCAGCAAUCAAGACACCAGGACGCCAUUAUAUGACACCGCAACCACCACCGCCGGAUCAUUGCCGGCAGGAGGAUUACCGCGCCGCCGGCUCAUGGGCCACAUUCAAGAAUUGGAUGAUCGGUUGGCGCGGCUCACGACAACUCGUCUUGAUCAUUGUGGCCAUUGCGUUGUUAUUGGAUAAUAUGUUGUUGACCACUGUCGUUCCUAUAAUACCCGAGUUCCUGUACGACAUACGCCAUCCCGAUGCACCGCUUGACAGCUUUCCGCGUACGCCACUCACGACGCACACACCGCCGCCACCAACUCAGUCACCCUGCAAUGUGAAUGGCGAACCACUGCCGGAAAUGGAAAUAUCAACACUGAGCCCGGAAGAGAAUUACACACUGUACCGAGAGAUGGAAGAACGUCAUAAUGAAUUGGUGGGCGAGACCGUUGAAGUGGGAAUUCUUUUCGCAUCAAAAGCUUUCGUACAAUUGUUAGUCAACCCGAUUGUCGGACCAUUGACACAUAAAAUCGGUUACAGCAUUCCUAUGUUCGCCGGCUUCGUUAUCAUGUUUAUAUCGACAAUUAUCUUCGCUUUUGGACGUUCGUAUUUGGUGUUGUUUGUGGCGCGUGCACUACAAGGUAUCGGCUCUUCGUGCUCCUCCGUCUCCGGUAUGGGUAUGUUAGCCGAUCGCUACACCGACGAUAAGGAACGUGGCAAUGCAAUGGGUGUGGCGCUGGGUGGCUUGGCUUUAGGUGUGCUCAUCGGUCCACCAUUCGGUGGUGUCAUGUACGAAUUCGUUGGCAAAUCCGCACCAUUCUUGAUACUUUCCGCAUUGGCUUUGGGUGAUGGCUUGCUGCAGCUCUUCAUGUUACAACCGUCGAUACAACGUGCCGAAACGGAGCCGCCAUCAUUGAAGGCGCUGAUCAGCGAUCCGUAUAUAUUAAUUGCUGCUGGUUCUAUUACCUUCGCGAAUAUGGGUAUUGCUAUGUUGGAGCCAUCGCUGCCACUCUGGAUGGUUGAUAAUAUGGGUGCUACGCGUUGGGAACAAGGUGUUGCCUUUUUGCCAGCCUCCAUCAGUUAUUUAAUUGGUACAAAUCUCUUUGGACCUUUGGGACACAAGAUCGGACGUUGGUUUGCCGCUUGUUUGGGACUGAUUAUCAUUGGCUGCUGUUUGAUUAUGAUCCCCAUGGCCACCUCGAUUACACAUCUCAUACUACCGAAUGCUGGCUUGGGUUUCGCCAUCGGCAUGGUGGACUCCUCAAUGAUGCCCGAACUUGGUUAUCUCGUCGACAUACGUCAUUCGGCCGUCUAUGGCAGUGUAUAUGCAUUGGGCGAUGUGGCUUUCUGUGUCGGUUUCGCCGUGGGUCCAGCGCUGAGCGGUACUCUAGUGAAGACGAUCGGUUUCGAAUGGAUGUUGGUCGGCAUUUCGGUUUUAUGCUUCAUUUAUGCACCACUACUGACACUACUCAAGAAUCCACCGACCAAGGAGGAGAAAAAGGUUGGUACCGACACUGACGCCGUUAGUGAAGCGUCUGCAACUGCAGCAACGACAUUGCCGCAUGAGAAUGGCAAUUUGAAUGCUGGCAAUGAUGUGAUGAUCAUGGCCACGGCCAAGACUCCGGCCAUUAUGCAUGACGGCAUGACGAAUGAGGCUUUUGAAUGUGAACGUCUAUGAGUUGCAAUAUUAUUUUUAUUUUUUGUUUAUAUUUUAACUGCAUUAAUUGCUGAUUGUGUCUUUUCAUUCAGUACGUUCCUUUUCAAAUGCAAAAUAUUUGUGUUAGAGCCAAGUUUUUGUUGCAAUUAUGUAUAUAGAUUUGUUUAUAUUUUAUAACUAUAUUUUUUAUAAAUUUAGCAACUAAAUUUAGUGCAUAUUUUAGACGUAAUUAAAAUUUUUUAGUUAGUAA